GUUCCAACGCUAGUCCUGCAGCCUCGGGAGCGCAGGGGAGGCAGCGUGGCGCAUGCGCAGUGCGGCGGUGGGGAUUUCCAGCGGAACAUGAAGGUAAGAGGCGCUGGAUGAUGGGGAGGAAGGCGGCUCGUUAAUGGAUCUAACCAGCACUGCAUGACACUGAACGGGCAUGUUUACAUUCACGUCGUGUUCUUAUUGAGCAGCUGGCAGUAUUGGACAUGGUGUUUUUAAUGUGUGCUCCUCUCUGCAAACCCUGAUCUUCAACCUACUGCAGAGGGAAAAGCCUGGCAGUGAGGGCUUAAUAAGUUGAGGACUUUCCAUCCAGCACCCAAAUCAACCACCUUCUCAUGUCAUGUUCCUCCUUUUGAGGUCUUUUGGCUAAUGAGGAACCCAGAGAUGCCCAUUACAAGCCCUGGGCAAGGCGUACGCCCAAAUUAAACCAAUCACAUCUUCACUUUCAUUAUUCCAUAUAGCUCCUUUGGAGGAUGAUUGCAGCUUGCUGAUUUUUCCCACCACACUGCACCAUUGUCCCAGGCCUGUCCAGUGGGAGAGAGGUCUUGAGAUGGCAAGGGGUCCCGUUUAAAGAAACUCCUGAAUUGUAGGAUAAGAGGUUGCAUGCUACGCAGCCCACUGCCACCAAUGGAUGCCAAGUUGCGAGAAGAUCUAUUCCGCAGGUAUGUGGCGUCUUUGGAGAAUCGGCUUGAGGAGAGAGCCGGAGGAGAUAAGCAAGGAGCCAAGACUGAGGAGGCACUGAUUUCUACUGCAACAGCACUGUUAGGCUCUUACCAGCCUGAUCCAGGGCAGCGCUUUCGCAUGAUUCGGUUCUAUGAAAUUGCUGAGAACUCCCUGAGGACUCAAAGGAGCGCAAACUUGCGGACAUUGGAGACAGCCUUUGCAACACUGGAAACCAUCUGUACCAACUUGCUGCUUUUUCCGUGGAAGAAGGAGUUCCGCUGCAUAAAGACCUUCACAGGGCCGUAUGUGUACCAGUUGCAGUCGGUGAUAUGCGACGCAGACUUGCGUCCACUGCUGCGUUCCAUGGGCUAUUCAAGAGACCAGGAAUUGCAGUACCAUGUUAGGGACCAUCCAGGUGGAUCCUCCCACCUCCGGCAGCUCGCCUUUGAACUGCUUCUCGCCCAGGCUGAAUGCCGUCUACUCGGUGAGGUGGUGUCCAUGUCUCGGGGUCUUGCCUCAGAGCUGGAGGCCAUGGAGGUGAGGAGGAACACCAGAGAAGAUGCGGCAGGGUGCGCUGACGCCCUCCGCCGACGAGACAGCCUUACAGGAGACUUGUCCCGCCUGUCGGUGCGGCCGGUGGAUAUUGACCGCGCCCACCUAAGGCGAAGCGGUCGGCCGUCCAAGUCGGUGGAUGUAACAGACAGCGCAGGACACUGGCACCAAGCCAGCAAGCCAGUGCUGAAGGCCUCGCUCAGCCUGCGCAAAGAGCCACUGUUCGUCGACACGGAAGAAGACUUGAAGGAUGAAAUCAUCCGACCGAGCCCUUCUCUUUACCCUGUGGCGGCGCUGCCCUCUUACAGCCCAGUGGCUGACUUCUUCCCAAUUCAGUCGCCCCCGUCUGAGCCAUACUCCUACCACUUGUCCUCCCUGGAUGAGGUGGACUUGUACACUGAACGGGGUUUGGGUGGCCACCAGACGCCCUCUAGGCCACAGAGCCGGGAGCCUCGAGAGUCCCGGGACAGUUGGGUUCUGAAGGGACAUGUGAUGAAGUGCCAGGGCUGCGGCAUGGGCUGUCCUUCGCUCUCCUCUUGCCAGAGGUGCGACAUGAUCUUGUGUUCGUCCUGCCAUGCAGUGGAACCGGCGCCUUGUUGCGGCUUCCAGGAUUACACUAAAACUUCCCGCCCUUUGGAUGGCUACAUGCCCAUCAAGGAAAAGUUGUCCGUCUACUCCAACGCUCACUCGCACACUCACCCUCACCCGCUUCCCCACGCUCAGUCCCACUCGCUGUUGCUGGACAAAGCUGUGAUGAGCACCAAGCUGUUUCCCAGUAAAGCCGUGGGUUCGGGCAGCAGUCCGGUGGUCAGCUCCAUCAGCAGUGGGGGUGAGCGGCUGAGUGUGGGCGGCUCCCGCUGUGGCUUUUGCAACAAGCCAGGGUCCUCUCACACCUGUGUGAACUGCUCCAAGGUGUCAUGUGAGAUGUGCAUGAGCCUUUACGGCAGUGAUGUGUGCACCCGCAAAAAUCCUCAUCAUAACUUUGUGCCCAAUCAUCAACUCAAUUUCAAGUCCAGCACCAUAUCCCACCUCGUGUAUCGAUAGACCAGGAACACAACCACGCUACAGUUGUGCACUACGCCUCUGUUGAUCUUUUUAUCUCUGCUUUUUCCACCCUUGUUUUUUUUUGUUAACUUUUCCUGCUUCCUUUCUCAGUUGGCAGUUGUUUGGUUUUGGUCAUGUGAUCUUGCAGUGCAUUUCCUGUCCCUCAGUAGCUCUACUUUAUCAAAGGAAAAAAAGCUGUUUGACUGGAGAAUUCCAUUCAGUAUCAAUGCUUGUUAACUUGAAAAAUAACCAUGCAGCACAUAGAAACUGUGAAUGUUUUGCAGAGACUUAACCCUGGAACUGAAUCGAGUAAGUUGGAACUUCUCAAACUUGAACAAAAUAAAAAAAAAUAAAAAAUUACACUGGAAGUAAAUAGUAUAUAUUUUGAAUUGUGAAUCUAUAGAUCUAUGUAAGACUAUCGCUCUCAUGGUGGGGUGGUUUUCCCAGUUGAAUGGGGCUUCAGUUGUGAGUUUGUAUCAGAACUUCUAGUUGCU